UUGCGCGCGCACGUCUCCCCAUCUGACCGUUCCCGGCCUCCGUCAUAAGAUUCUAAAUACAUGGCGGGCCUGAAGGGCUGCUCUUCCGCCCUCGCCCUGGACCCUCCUGCACUACAUCCUCCUCCGAGACGGGGGCCUCGGACACCAGGGCUCCGGAGGACUCAGCCAGGACUUUCCAAAAGUUGCCGCGGGACCUUCCGAUCCCCUCGGCCAUUUCCCAAGUCUGGCCAGGCUGAUGGGGCCGGUGAGGAGUCUCUGCACCUUGACAUUCAGAAACUGAAGGAAAAGAGGGACCUGCUGGACAAGGAGAUCGUUCAGUUAAUAUCUGAAGGCUACAGUGUGGAUGAACUGGAGGACCACAUCUCCCAGCUCCACGAGUAUAAUGACAUCAAGGAUGUAGGCCAGAUGCUGCUAGGCAAACUAGCCACGAUCCGAGGUGUCACCACCAAAGAACUGUAUCCAGAAUUUGGCCUGGAUGUGAAUGACUGAGCCAAGGCUCACAGCCCUUUGUCCACAGCCCAGUGAGACAGGCAGAUUUAAACAUGAGAGCCAGUGAGAGCCCAGUACCCACAGGCUUCCCAACAAGGAAGUGUCAGAAGCCGUUUUCUAAAGAACUCAGUUUGAAUCAGGAGGGAGCCCAGACAAGAAGAGCUGGACAGCGAAGAGCGAUUCCCUGCUCCAAGUUUCCUGAAAUGUCCCCAACAUGUAUCUAUGUGUGUAUGUUUCCCAUUUGUAAAUAAACACACAAGCAACCUG